AUUUGCUUUCUUGCAGGUCGCAAUGUUUAUUCGCGACGAGGGCAAAGGUACGUUACUCACUGAUGUACCCGAAUUUUGCACCAGCGAACCGACCGGCACACAGAAAUGCGUGACGUCUUUGAGAGGUGGUGGCCCUGAUUGUGGUGAUCUAUCCUUGGAUAACAUUUUCUUCGCUGUCAAGACUACAAAGAAGUACCAUAAGGACCGAGUUCCCAUUGUGCAGAAAACAGUUGGAAAGUUCGCUAAGCAUAUCGUGUAUUAUAGCGAGACAGAGGAUCCCUCCAUACCAACUGAGAACAUUGGAGUCCCUAAUACAGAAAGAGGACACUGUGCCAAGCUGCAGGCCAUCAUCAACAGAUCAGCCUCCGAUCCCAGGGCUGCUGACAAACCCUGGUUAGUAGUUCUUGAUGACGACACAAUAAUGAGCGUGCCCCGAUUGCAGAAGCUGUUAGCGUGUUAUGAUCCGAAGGAAGUGACACUGCUCGGUGAGCGGUACGGUUACGGACUGACCGGGGGAUAUGGGUACGAAUACAUUACUGGGGGAGGAAGUAUGAUUCUAAGUCGCGCUGGUAUUGAGGCCUUGCUAAAAAGCGGCUGUACGUGUUGGGAACCAGACUCCCCCGAUGACAUGUGGCUGGGGAACUGCUUCCGAAGACUGGGAGUUCCUCUUACACACAAUCCUGCUUUUCACCAAGCUAAACCAAAUGAAUACGUGCCUUCACUGCUAGCGCACCAGACUCCUGUGUCAUUCCACAAGCAUCAAGAUUUAGAUCCACUUGCCGUGUACAAGGAGUAUCUAAGUUGAUAGAUAUGUUUUCUAAAACAAAAUAUGUUAGGUUUAUAGACAGACUAUCGCCUCCUCUUCUCUCGAAGAAUCGUUUGUGCCGAGUGUAUAUUUACAUGUGAGGGGCAGUGUGAACGAUUGACCAAAAAUAGUAGCUGGGGCGUUUGAGAUGGAUCAGACCC